AACCUUCAUCCUUCAACCCUCAACUAAGAACAUCGGAUCAUUCCCAUUCUCACAAUGUCAAGAAGCUCUUACGAUCGGUUCCUCACUAUCUUUUCACCAGAGGGAAGGUUAUAUCAAGUUGAAUAUGCAUUCAAGGCGAUCUCAAAUUCUGGUCAAACUUCAGUAGCGAUCAGAGGUCCGGAUUCUUGUGUUGUAGCUACACAGAAGAAAGUACCGGAUAAACUUUUGGAUCCGAGUACUGUGACUCACUUAUUCAGAAUCACUCCUGGGAUUGGAUGUGUGAUGACCGGUUUGAUAGCGGAUGCUAGGGCACAGGUCGUUAGAGCUCAGUCAGAAGCUGCAGAAUUUAGAUAUCAGUAUGGGUAUGAAAUCCCUCCCGAUAUGUUAGCCAAGCGAUUGGCAAAUAUCAACCAGGUCUACACUCAACGAGCAGCCACGAGACCACUCGGAAUCGUUAUGAUCAUCAUUGGAAUUGACUCGGAACGUGGACCGCAAUGCUUCAAGCUUGACCCUGCCGGAUACUUUGUAGGCUACAAAGCCACCUCAGCUGGUACCAAACAGACUGAAGCAACAAACCAUUUGGAAAAAGUGCUAAAGAAAGAAGGGGAAGGGGCCCUAAAUUUGGCAGGUAACGGUGCCAUUGAAUUGGCUAUCACUACACUCAGUACUGUUCUUGCCACUGAUUUCAAAAGCCACGAGAUCGAGAUUGGCGUGGUUAGUACUGAUAAGCCAGACUUCAAAGUGCUCACGGCAGACGAGAUCGAUGUUCACCUUCAACGUAUAGGAGACCAAGAUUGAAAUAAAAACUCAGUAGCUUUUCUACCUGUAUUUGUGACACGAGGCCAAAUAUCUACACGAGGCCUUGACUUGACACCUCAGGCAAGGCAGCUUGCACUUGACUCACUUUCUGAGGUAUGCUUGUCUUUCUUGUGACCUGUGCGCUUGAUGAAGCCCAAUCACAAAGUGAGAAGAUGAUGAGCAACUUCCUUCGGCAAAACUUUGGCGUGAGUGUUUGGAAAGCCUCAAGAUGUGUUGUCCGGGUAAUUGAGCCAAUGAGCACUUGAACCCUUUCGUGUAGCAUAUAAUAAAUGCUUAGUUGAAGACGUGCUGUACAAU